AUGACCUCGCUGGAGUACUCCGCGCGUGCCGGGCGCAGCGUCACAACGACGACGCUUGCCGUCACCGCGUCUGGUGGAAUGCGGGCGAAAUCAACACGGCUCACGAAAAAGUGCCGCCGCAGGUUGCCGCGAGAACCCUUGCCGUCCAACGCAACGGCGGUGUUCUGCAACGACGACGAUGACGGGCGGGUGCACAUCUCCGCCGGAGUAGGCGAAACACCGGCGUCGGUGUCAGCCGACAUGGACGCCAUCAACGCGUCCCUCGAGAAGGCACGCAUUCCCGUUGCCAAGUACGCCAUACGCGUGACAUCCUCAUCUCGCUGCUGCUGCUGCUGCUGCUGCUUCUGUUGUUGUGGCUGUGGCAGGGCCGGGGGCAGCGGCGCCACCGUGGUGCCGUCCUCUACAACCGAGACACCCAUCACGCAGCCGAUGAACUGCGCCACGCGUUGCAUUUUCUUUUCAAAGUUCAUGUCCUCGUUGUGCACCACUGAGACGAGAAAGUGCCCGCGCCAGGCGUUUCGUGUCAUUCCGUCUAGGCGCCGUGCCUCCUCCACGCCCUCGGAGCGAGCGGCGUUGUUGUCGAGCGUGUAG